CGGAGGCUCAGAAGCUGUCAAAAUGGCUACGACAAUGUCCUGGGGAUCAUAUCUCCUCAUUCAUUUAGUAAUAUUUUCAUGGUAUGUCUUUACGUUAUCGGCGAAUUGCUCAUUGAAAAGCACAGAGAUACAACCAGGAGCUAAAACAUUUGGAGGCCGCUGGAAAUAUCUGACUUUCCUCAAUCUGGUAAAUGUGCUUGGUUGUGACAUCGAUCUGGUAAAUGUGCUUGGUUGUGACAUCGAGGGCGAUGCAAACGAAAUGUAAUUGGAUAAAUGGGACCUGUACAGUAGUAGGCAAAAAACCGACACUGUAUGUUAGAAAUCAGUUCCACAUCCUCGUCUGCAUUACAUCCCUUUUGAACUACCUGUGGCCUCAAGACAAGUUAGACAAUGAUUAAUUAACUGCUUUAUUUAUAUAGCUAGCCAUAGUGGUCAGAGUUGCCUAACCAUUUUUGGGUCAUUAUUCCUCAGGUUUUGCAGACGGUGUUCUUCGGACUCGUUGUUUUGAUUGACAUCAUCCACCUGAUAUUGCCAUCCAAAAGUUUGAGAUGUGGUGUACCUCUCCUCCUAGUGAAAUUAAGAGACACCAUUUUCACUAUUUUGGCUUUUCCUAUUGGGACAGUAAGUGCCUUUUUAUUUCUACAUGUAUUUUUCUGUGUGCGCAUAUUAUACGUGUAUAGGCUACAUGUAUUACUGAUAACAUGCUUUGUAUUGGACAUAAUAUGUCCCCUUUUCUCUCCUGUUCUCCCCAGUUUGUGUUCUUGUCCUUCUGGUCGAUAUAUCACUACGACAGAGAGCUGGUCUAUCCUAAAUUUCUAGAUGACAUUAUUCCUAGCUGGUUGAACCAUGCUCUGGUAAGCGCACAAUCAUGAGCACAUGCUGGACUUUGUACUAAAGUGAUCCCAAUGUAUUCAAUUAAAGAUGGGGCUUUAACCAAUUGGCUGUGCUGCUCAGCGUGGCUUUGUAUCACAUGGCUCUUAGAGGUCGUGCUAGAAAUUCAAGGAAAUCAUUUUUUUAAUAGGAUCAUACUCAGAUUCACAUAGCUUUGUGUCUCCUAUGAUCAUUCUAUUAUGGAUGCCAGUCACACAGCAGUUUGGUGUUCCCAGUAUUUCUCAACCAACUGAGCCAUCAAGACCACAUUUCAGAGCUACACAAGCUACAUUAGGAAUCUGUAGGGGCAUAAUGGACACUCCUCUCACUCUUAAUGGCCUCUCCACUACACCUUUACAGUACAUACUUGGUCAGUUUUACAAGUUGACAGUAGCAUACCUUGUCAGAACUGGUUUUCACCAGUUGCGAGCUGUACAACAGUCUAACAGACACUUGCUGUAGAUGUUUCACAACAGGUAGUAAUGAUUACACAAAAGCCUGACCUCUUCCUCCAUUCCCAUUAUUUCCCAAUCUAUUCCAGGGGGUGCUUAUUUUUUGUUCUGGCCCAACACUAACAUGUUAUACCCUUGUUUAUGUGGCCACAAUGCAUUGACACAUGCAAUGGUCUAUUGGGCUACAUAUUUGUUACACAUGGGGCUAUGAUGUUACGGUUGUUUUCAUUAAUUCAGUCAUUUAUUUUCCCUCUGUUUGCAGCACACUGUCAUCCUGCCCUUGGCACUGUUGCAGAUGUAUAUUCAGCCUCAUAGAUAUGGCAGCAAGAUGAGAGGCAUCCUAGGUCUGGCCUUCUUUUCUGCUGUGUAUCUGGGAUGGUAAGCAAGGUUAUAUCAAUCACAUUGUUGAGUUGUGGUUUGGUGAAACAUUUUAUGUUUCUUCAAGUCUCCUUUGUCUCUCUCACUCGUCCCCUCUCCUUUCCUUGAUUGAAUGUUAUGAUACUUUUACAACAUUUUGAAAUUUUCCUAGAACAACCCUAUUUCAAUCCUCCAUCCCCCCAUCUUAGGGUUCUGUGGGUGCACCAUGCGGCUGGUAUCUGGGUCUACCCCAUUAUGGAGCGCCUGAGUCCCGUGGGCCUGGUAAUAUUCCUGGGGGUGGCUUGCAUCACCAUGGCCCCCCUCUACCUGCUGGGGGAGAAACUCAACCACAAGAUCUGGAGGAGCACUGCAGGAUCUGCAGGUGGGACCACUCUCACACUGUAUGACAGGGAAUAACCAGGAAUAACUGCACACAGUUUAGAUGCCCCCACCAUUAUAAUGUAGCAGUGUUUCUCUUCUAGAGUGCCACAAGGCCUCUGAAUUUGAUUUGGCAGUUUGGCAGAGGAGAAGUGUACCUUUGUUAGUUAAGCAGUAAUGCACGAGGCCAUGUGUUAUGACAUUUUUUUCAUGGCUGUGACGUGGUCAUAGACAACCAUAGCCAUGAUACAAAUGUCAUAACACAUGGUUUUGGGUGUAUAAUUACUUUUAUACAACGGGUUACCAGCAUUAAAAAGCAAGAUUCUUUCCCAAACCACAAAACGUGAUGGUACAUUCACUAAACUGGUUGUCAAGUGCAAUUUUAGGUGUUCUCUGGUCGUUAGUUAUUAGUAUUGACUGCCAUGUAAAGCAAAACUACCCAGAACUUUGCAGGUUGUUAUGGCAAACAAAAAUUGUUGCUAUAGAGGCACUGUCUUUCCCCCUUGCUAGCUAGCCAAUUACACAGCUAACACAAUCCCUUCAGACUGAAGCUGGGAAGACGGCAAACUAGCUGCGUUUCGUUUCAUUUGACCUGUUUUUCUAUUGACAUUUCUUUGUAUAUAUCCAUAAAGAUUAUGCUGAUUCAUGAUUUUGACUGGCUGAGAAAAGCUGUCUGUCUUGUCCCGACUCGUUCAUAUUAUGGGACACAAUGGAGAUCGAAUUUCAAUAUUGCAACAAUGUUGCACAUGUUGGAGAUAAUGUCUAGAUGCUUUUUACAGUGGAGAUUUUUGUUGAUGAAUUGCAUGGCUGGGCAGAUGAGACAGUUGAUCUGUAAAAGUAGUAGCAGUGCGUUGCUAGGUAACGACAAACAAUGGCACUUUUUAUGAAUGUACUGGGCAUGUCUAUGUUGUCUAUAUUAUCGGCAGCAUAGGCUCUAAUAAUGGGAAUUACAAACCAACCAUUGUAUAAUUGUUCAUUAACUACUACUACUCUCGUUCUCUCUGUCGCUCUCUCUAAAAGGACCUCAGAAGAAAAAGAAGAAGUAAGAGUGUGCUGGCAUGUAAGCUGAGCGCCACAGAGGGGACCAGAGAGGCCUAUAUGAUGAUAUCACACGAGGACAGACAGACAAACUGACAGACAGGACACAGCACCCCCAGCACUGAUCACCUCAACCAGAAGAGACUGGUGGAUCUCUUGUUGGAGGUAGAAGUUGCCCCAAACCACUGACCUAGAAUCAGAUAACCUUAUCCUCAGUCCUAAUUUCAACCAUUAAGAUGAAAAAAAAGUAUAUUAUUCUGAUCCUUUAUCAGCAGUUAGAGGCAACUUGUACCUGCUCCGUAUCACUCAGGCAGAUCUCAGGCAGUGGGCAUAAUGUGCUUCUAUGGUCAGGCCAAAUUAUUUAAAGAUUAAAUUCAAUAAUUAGACUUAAUUUACUCCACAAGGGGAUAUUGUGCUACGUGUCACAGUGAGGUAACAGCUCAAUAUAAAACGUAAUAUUAAGUUGAUCUUAAUUGGUUGUGUUAACCCACAUUUUUCUCUCACCCUCCGUGAAGUAGACUUGCACUUACAGUAGAAUAAUACUAUAGUAUAUACAACGCUAUGGAUCUCUCUCAUUUUGUGAUGCUAUUUCCUUUAUCAUGAUGCUGUUUCACUUGAUACUGUACUGUUGGUUGUGAAAGGGACAGUUCCUUAUGUGCACUUGUUAUUUUACCCUUUGUAUUCAUGCGUAUAUGCUCACUUUUAGAUUACUAUAUAAUUCCUAAUGUAACUUGGAGGGAAGUUAGACCUUGAUGAUGAAAUUAAAUU